AUGCUCCAGCCAUGCAAGGACAAUAUCAAAGAGGGAUUGGUUGCCAACAUUGAUGAAGCUGUGCCAGAUGUUGCGGUACAGAAUGAAGGAUCGCUCUCUCUGAUCACAUCGGAGAAUUUUCCGGUGUUCAGACAGGACGGACUCAGUGCAAGUCUUGCAAAAUUGGAUGCUAAUGCCAUGUUGGCUCCAUGUACACAACAGGCGUGGAAGCUUUUUGUUGUGCCCAAAUUCUUCACUGUUUCAGUAAGUGCAAAAGGAGAAGGAAUGGAGUGUUUCUCUAUGCUAACAUCUUCAAAGAAUUCAGAAGGGCAUCUAGUUCUCGCUGCUGCUGUUUUUUAUGGUGAGGGUUCGAAUAUGAGGGCAGAAUGUUUGGCCUUACUUGAUGGGUUGAAAAUGGUGUUGCAUUAUGGGCUGGGUGAUUAUUGUUUUGCCAUUGAGUCUGACUCUCAGACAUUGGUUCACGUGGUAAUCGGAAAGGUUGAAGUGUCGUGGAAAUAUGUUGCUGCAUCAGGACCAAUGCAUGUUACCGGUGUUAAGGGCGAAGAAAUCCCUGAUUCCUGGAGGGGUAAGCCUGCCCUUGAUGGGUUGAAGAUGUUUUUGAGAUACAGCUUGGAGGUUGGCUUCAUAAAAUUGUCGAGUGACUCCAACAGCAAGGAGAGGGAUGUCAAAGUUCAUGCCCAGCAAACCUGUGAUCACAUUAGCUACAUUGAGAAUCGCAAAUGCUGUGCUCAGCACAACUCCAACUUGCAGCAACUGGUUUUGCUUGUCAUCCAUAAUGAUGUUGAUGUAGUCCUCUGUAUCGUCCACGAAUUCUCGCAUCUUCGUAUCAUCAGAAGGAGACGUUAA